AAUAAAUACAGUUUGUGAAAUAAAAUUAAGUUUUCUAUUAGUUUAAACAACAUACAUUUCAUAAUAAAUACUCAAGAUAGUUAACAACAUAAAGUGAAUAUAGAUUUUUAUGACAGUUUCUUAAUUUAACUGCAAUUAACUCGAAAAUUAAAAUUUCGGAAUAUAAAAUCUUGGCGGGAAAAACAACAAAAAGAUCCAGUGAAGUUAAAAUCAUUAAUAAUGGCUUUAUGGGUUGAUAAGUAUCGUCCAAAAGAGUUAUCAAAACUAGAUUAUCAUAAACAACAAGCGAUUGAUUUAAAAAGAUUAUGUGAACAGCAAGAUUUUCCACAUUUAAUGUUUUUCGGAUGUUCCGGUGCCGGCAAAAAGACAAGAAUCCAGUGUGUCCUUCGAGAACUUUAUGGACCAAGUGCUGAGCGUUUAAGAAAUGAGACUAUGAAUUUUACUACACCAUCAAAUCGCAAAAUUGAAAUAACGACUGUAUCCAGUAAUUACCAUAUUGAGUUGAAUCCAUCUGAUGCAGGCAUCUACGAUCGAGUAGUUAUCACUGAUAUAAUUAAACAAAUAGCACAAACAAACAUCAUUGAUACGAAUGGACAGCGAGAUUUUAAAGUUAUUGUGCUUACAGAGGUUGAUGAUCUUACGAAAGAUGCACAGCAUGCGCUGAGAAGAACGAUGGAGAAAUAUGUUGCUACAUGUCGAUUGAUUUUGUGUGUUAAUUCGACAUCUCGUGUCAUUCCAGCCAUAAAGAGUCGUUGCCUUGGAAUACGAGUUGCGUCUCCCACACAUGAGGAAAUUAUUGGAAUUCUUAAUCAAAUCUGUCAAAAGGAAAACUUGAAACUGCCUGCUGAGCUUGCUCGAAACAUUGCAUCAAAAUCGGAAAGAAACUUACGUCGAGCAAUCUUAAUGUUAGAAGCAUGUAAAGUCCAAAAAUAUCCGUUUACAAAUAAUCAAGAUGUACCAGAAAUCGACUGGCAACGAUUCCUUAACGAAACUGCAAAUCAAAUUUUAAUGGAACAAUCGCCAGCACGUCUUGAAAAAGUUCGUGAUCGUCUUUAUGAGCUGCUGUCUCAAGGAAUUCCACCAGACAUCAUUUUCAAAGUUCUCGUUCAAGUCCUGUCAAAAAAAUGCGAAGUGGAAGUAAAAUCUCAAAUUUAUGAGUUUGCUAGCCUCUACGAAUUCCGAAUGCAAAUGGGAAGCAAGCAAAUUUAUCAUCUCGAAGCAUUUGUUGCACAUUUCAUGAGCAUUUAUAAGAAAUAUUUAAUUCAAGCAACUGAAAUGAUGAUGGAUAUGGAUGAAUAAAAAGUUUUUGUUAAUUUAA